CCGGACCGGCGGGGGCGAGCCUGGAGGCCAGCGGGCCGCUGAGGAAGCUGGCCCCAGGCCAUACGACCGCACUGGCCGCGGCCCCACCGCAGCCAGAGCUGCCUGUGGACACUGCCACGCCUCUCUCGUCCGACGUUCCCACAUGCUGUUACGGGGAUGCCGCGAGCGCGCCCCCGAAGCUUCCCGCCGUUACCUCCCGCCGGGGGCGCGCACGCGCGUCACCGCCAACCUAACGUCCAGCCACAGUCGUCUGCACGUUCGUUCCGCCCACUGCCCCCUCACUUUUAAUUGAAGCAACAUCCUCCCUGACUCCCCCUCCGCGCCUGCAAAUGGGCUCACCCAUAUCUGGGGAUUGGAGAGAAGACCGUGCCGGUCACGUGACACUGAGGGUGUGGUCCGCUGGAGGCGGGCGCUGCGCUGGGCCGGGUGCUGAUCUGGCAAGAUCAAAGCUGCAGGAGAAUGGACAGUGAGGUACAGAGAGAUGGAAGGAUCUUGGAUUUGAUUGACGAUGCUUGGCGAGAAGACAAGCUGCCUUAUGAGGAUGUUGCAAUACCACUGAAUGAGCUUCCUGAACCUGAACAGGACAAUGGCGGCACCACAGAAUCUGUUAAAGAACAAGAAAUGAAGUGGACUGACUUGGCCUUACAGUACCUCCAUGAGAACGUUCCCCCCAUUGGAAACUGACGCCUGGCUCCUUGUUCAUCCACAGAUUUUUUUUAAAUACAGAUACAAAAUGUUUUCUUUCAGCCUCCUAAUUUGAGUCUUUUAGUGUUAGAUCAAUGCUCAAAAAUGUACAACUAAUUUUGUGGCCACAAAAUGCAAUGUGGAAAUACUCAACCCGAACCGGAAGCUGAUGGCGAUUUCUUGGGAUUGCAGAAUAUCUGGCCCUUUGAACCUAAAGUUCUUCAUUGACUAGCUAGUAUUUGAGCAUGAUUGAUUAAACAUUUGCCUUUAA